AUGGAAACUCAACAACAACAACAACAACAAACAGACAUUCAAGAUUUAGGGAACAAAAACAGUAGCAGUUAUGUAUGCAGGCAAAGCAGUACGAGGUGGACGCCCACAAGUGAUCAGAUCAGAAUUCUGAAAGAACUUUACUACAACAAUGGGAUCAGAUCACCAACGGCUGAUCAGAUCCAGAGAAUCGCUGCUCAACUCAGACAGUACGGCAAGAUUGAAGGCAAGAAUGUGUUUUAUUGGUUUCAGAACCAUAAAGCUCGUGAAAGGCAAAAGAAACGGUUCACUCCUGCUCCACCACCACCGUCCUCCACCACCACCCUCCUCCCAUCUCCCUUCUCUGAUCAUACUCACCAGCAUAUCAACCACCAUCUACCCACCGCUGCUGCUAUGCAAAUUCAAUCUCACCACCCCCACUAUCACCAUCAAGAACCACCACACGUCUAUAGCCACCAACACAAGCUCUACACCACACAUCACAUUGGGGUUGGUUCUUCUUCUUCUUCUUCGCAAGGAGUGAUGGCUGUUGGGUGUGGCUAUGGAUCUGUUGCCAUGGAGAAGAGCUUCAGGGAGUGUUCAAUAUCACCGCCGGAAGAGAGUAUGGCCACCGGAGGAGUUGGCCGGAAUUUCGGAUCAAGAUCACGGGUUGGUGUCGAUUCAUGUUCUUUCUUUGACACAAUCAAGCCAACAACAUACGACAUCUUAGAGAACCAUAAUCAAGACGAAGAACAAGAAGAAGGAGAGACUUCAACACAGAUUGAAACACUUCCUUUGUUUCCAAUUCAUGGCGGUACCCACCAUGAUUUCUUCAGCAUGAAGUCGGCAGAUUUGUCAUCGGAUGGAGGUUACUAUACCGGAGGAAACUGGUACCGCUCCGAUGGCCGGGCUUCCCUUGAGCUCAGUCUUAACUCAUAUGGAUAUUAUAACUGA